GCUUUGACACUUUCAUAACCUCGCGUAUUCGACCACGACGAGCACGCUGCGCGAGUCAUAUGGCAAGAUGAGUGUGUGCGAAAUGCAUCAUUCAACUGUGGAGUGACGCAUUGCUGCUCCACAGGAAUGCGGUCUUACUGCUGAACGAGAUGAAGUUAUGGAGCUUAUAACGUUAGAGCUACGGCCACGCUUACAGUCCUGCAACGUGUUUAUCUCCAUACGGAAGGACCUCUGCCUGAAAGAUGUGCGAGUCAAGCUCCUGGAGAGCGACGUGGUGUUAAUAGUGGAUGAUUGUAGCAUAAAUUUCUCCCUGCCAUCUGUAAAGGUCAUACCCACCUCCCUGUCUAUGUUAAGCAUAAUAAACAGCUGGAUCUGCUUCCGUCUGCAAACCGCGCCGCUGGAAUCCGCAUUCGGGUCCUUCGGCACGGAAGUGCUGGCGAAUUCGGACAAAUCGGCCCGCCCGAGCGCCGAUCACUUGCAGCCCUUUUUAAACGACAUCAAGUCGCUGUUCGAAACGUCGGAAUGCACGAUACUGUGCGCCUGCUGCAAAAACGUUAUCUCGAGGUCGAUCGGCUUCAAGAGGUUUCUACCGCUGCCCGACGCGGAUUACGACCCCGGCGAGUGGUUCUGCUGCAAGCACAACGCCGGCUGCAACGUCGUCCCCAGCGGCGUGCGGCCGCAGCGGGAGUCCGAUUACCUGUACGGCUCCUGCUUCUCCGUGCUGCACAGGAGCAUCUUCGCGAAGGGUGGCAUAUGUGCCGACAGCAAAACGCUGACGUGUAACAAGUGCCUGUUGCACAUAGGCACGAUUCACGCGUACAGCCUGUUCAAGGUAUGGAACUGUUGCGUAGAUUACAAGCCGCGGAACGACGGCCUGCCCAUCGUGAACGCCACCGAUCCGCUCGAUGAUUUUCUGACGCUCGUGAAGGACUCGCUGGGCGAGAUCUUGGGCGAGGAGAUCGCUCUGGAGACGUCCGUCGGCAAGCAGACUCAUCGCCUUCUGAUAAAGCCGAUGGAUUGCAAGUUAAAUCUAAUUACGGAGCCCGAUCGCGUUACGGUCUGUGAUACUGACGUCCCUACCACAACUACUGUAGCCUUACAACGGAAAUGCGCUGCCAAAGUUUUAUACAAGUACGAGACGAAUGAAGUCACUAUAAUCGCUAAUUAUUUUAAUGUCAAGUGCCAUGAGGUGGGUCUGCCGAUAAUGGAAGCUGGAUUAAAUUAUUUGUUAUCGUCGACGAAACGAUUGCCUCCUAUUUACAGAACUGCCGCCACAGGCUACUUUCUCGGUUACAUUGUCCUACAAGAGAAAACGAACUAAAUAUCGUAACUUAUUGUCCAAAUGGUUAGUUAAUUUUUAUAUACAUUUAUAUACAUUUUGUACAUCUAUUUUUAUACGCAAUAAAAAGAAAAGAGUUGUUUAAUAACCACAUAUACAUUCCUCAUAAAUAAGCAUAACAGAACAACCCAUUAGACAUAAUAUUUAAACAGCUCAUAAAUUUUUUUUAAAUGAAAAGAUCUAAGAAAUAUAUUCAAUUUCUCUGUGUACCAUGGUAUAUUUUAAUUCUU